AUGGCUACCAUUUCUGCAACGUGCUUCCUCUAUAUUCUAUCAUGGUUAUGGUUAUGCACCAUGACACUAUGUGGAACAGUGUUAGAAGACCUAAAAAACUUGCAUCCACCUCCAGAAUUUAACUCCACAAUCAUGACAAACUGUCUCAAUAACCCUUCGCUUAGGUACUGCAGUUCCACUCCCAUGAACUUUGAUGAAAUAUUCAAAUACACCAUUGUUGCUAGCCAUCUCUGCAAUGAAUCAAAGAACCCCAUUUGCAUAGAAUCCUUCCCCAAAGUUGAUCUUAGAAACCGUCCAAACAUUGCACCUCUUUACUUGUCAUUUGAAUUCUUCUGGAGGUAUUGCCCCCUAACCAUUGUUUCCAUUGAUGUGUCAAACAACUCUUUGAAGGGGAAUUUUCCUAUUGAUGUUCUUCAUUGCACUCAAAUCCAUGCUCUUGAUUUAAGCAUUAAUGAGUUUUCUGGUGAUAUUCCGAUUCAGAGUUUCUCUCCUCUCACCAACCUUACUUUCCUUAACCUAUCCUAUAACUGCUUCUCUGAGAGUGAAGAACUAUCUGAUUCACAGUUCUUCAAAAGGUUUAAUUCUUCAAGUUUUCUUCAUUCUGGUGCACUCUUGGAUCACAGAAGGUUCUUCACAUUGAAGGUUGUGAUCUUAUUGGUUGGUUUUCCCAUCCUUGUCAUUCUGAUUGUGAUAUUCUUAGCAUGGGUUUGUUUUCAAAGGCCUGAUUUUCUUCCGAGAAAACUUCAAAGAAGAAGGACCUUCACACCUGCAAUUCUAAACGCGGCUACAUCUGGUUUUUCAAGCAGGAAUUUAGUAGGGAAGAGUGAUGUUGUUCACAUCUACAAAGGGGUCUUGAGAGACGGCACACAAGUGAAAAUUGAGAUGUAUUGGGAUGAGAUAUCAAGGGAGAGAUAUCGUAAAUUUGUUGAAGAAUGCAAGGUGCUCUCUGAGUUAGACCACAAGAACCUUGUUAGGGUUCUAGGGUGGUGUAAGAGCAGAAAAUUCAGGGCUGUUAUCACAGAAUGGACAAGAAAGGAGAAUGUUGAAAUGUGGUUAUUAUCAGAGUCUGCUCCACCACCAUGGAGUCAUAGAGUCAAAGUGUUAAUGGGAGUUGUAGAAUGCAUGCAGUAUCUGCAGGAGGAAUGGCCUCAAGUUGACUAUGAUCUCAACACAAGUAGUGUGCUAUUGACUCAAGAUUUGGAACCAUUAAUUUCAAGGUUCAAAGUUGUAGAUCAUAACAUUAGUACUACAAGAAAUAUAUGCAAGUUUGGUGUAUUCAUGCUGGAAGUGAUACUAAAUAGGAAGGUUCAAGAGGAGUUUGAAGGGGAUGCAAGUGGGUUCAUUAAGUAUAUGAGAAGUGUUGAUCAUGAAGAGUUGCAACAGAUGAUUGAUGAGAGAAUGGAACUAGGUGAGACUAGUUUUCAUCAAGUUAAACAGGCUGUAUCCCUUGGAUUAAUGUGCAUAGACCAAUCAAACAGUGAGCAACCGAGCUUGGCCUUCAUAUCUAAUAGCAUUGCCAGAGCCUACAAGGCUACCCUUGUUUUGCCAUCUGCAAAUCAUACAAUAACAAGAUCCCAUGGAGGCCAUAGAUUUAAGGGACACAAGACAUAA